AUGAUUCAUUAUCAAAACAAUGAAACAGCUGAUAAGAAUAACCGUUUAUAUAAAUUGGGUACUUUGAUUGAUGAUGUGAUGAUAAAUUCAAACAACUGCAUGAUUCCUUCAGAGAUCAUGACGUGUAUUGAUGAAUCCGUCAUACCGUUUACAGGAAGAUUAUUAUUUAAACAGUACAUUAAAAACAAAAGACACAAGUAUGGUAUUAAACUGUUUAAACUUUGCAUACCUCCAAAUUAUACUAUUUCUAUUAAAGUUUAUUCUGGCAAAGAAGCUACGGUUGAUGGCAGUACAAACCUUGUGAUGGAACUGACUGAUCCAUUUCUAAAUUUUGGAAGAGCAAUGGUUGUUGAUAAUUGGUACACAAGCAUAGAACUUGCUGAGAUACUUGGACAACAUGACACAUAUCUUAUUGGAACACUAAGAGCUAACAGAAAAUCCAAUCCAAAAGAAAUAAUUAAAAAAAAAAUUAAAAAAGGGCGAAUCAUAUAG